AUACAGAGUUAAAUAAAACAGGAAAAGAACAGGCAGAGAUAGUUGGACGACGGUUACGUAAAUUGAAAUUUGAUCAUAUCUACACUAGUGAUUUGUCCCGAGCAAAAAAGACGGCAGAAGCCAUCAAUAAACAUCAUCCGGAUACGCCAUUUGCUUUAGAUAUUCGACUUCGAGAACGGGAUAUAGGAAAACUUGGUGGAAAAUCUAUCCAAGAUGCCUCAAAUUUAAUUAAAGAGGAAGGUACUAAAUGGGAUGAUUAUGGUGAAUCUGAAGAAGAUUUUAAAGGCCGGGUGGUCGAUUUCUUUAACGAUAUGAUUGUAACACAUUUACCAAAAAAUUAUCCCGGUUCAUCUUCACAGAAUAAACGUAAUUCUCAUAUUCUCUUAGUUACUCACGGUGGUGUUAUAAACAAACUUAUUAAGGGACAUCUUAUUAUGGAUUUAAAUUUCUCUGUUAAUAAUAAUUUAAAUAUGAAACAUAAUGCUAAAAAUACUAGUGUCACAAAAUUCGUUGUUAGAGGAGCCGAAAAUCCAAAUUCGACUGCGGAUGAUGUCACUAGUGUUGUUAGUAGCAAUACUGUCGAAAAUGAAACCAAUGAUGGUGCUUCUGAAAAGAUUACUCUCAGACUAAAAGGUGAAGUUACUCUCUGGAGUUGUGUGUCCCAUUUGGCUGCUCAAGGCAAAAGAACACACGAUGACUCUCAGAUUGAUGACUAUGCAUAA